GUAGGGGAAACACACAGCAGAGUCUAGUGUUUGGGGGAAGGCAGGUGAGCUCUGGGCACUGACCCAUCAUCAGCUAUUUUUCAAGGAGCCUGAGUGGUGUUAACCUGUGGUCUACCCUGUGAGAUUGCUCAGUUUGUAGGAGGAUAUGGUUUACUGGCUCCAGAAAGCAGCUAUUAUAACUGAGGAGGAAAUAAGCUUGACUGGCUAGAACUGAAGCAGCAAUGGAGGCCCAUGGAGGGAUUUUCCAGGCCUCCGUUCCUGAUCUCUAAGGUGGCGCCGCUUCAUUCUGCAGUCUUGAGAUCAGACAAUUGUGUACUCUUCCUGUGCCUCCUUCCUUCUCAGCAGCCCUGCCUCUGACACCUGCCCAAGAAGGGCCCUGGGUCCUCUCAUCUCAGGACAGACAAGGAUUUUUGUAAUUAUCUUCUUAGCUAACCUCCCUGUAAGGAACGGGAGAGGUUAUCUGGUCCUGCCUGGUCUUUUGGGAGGGCAUUGAGGGGAAAAAGUUAAACCAGUGGGCAGCCCAGGCUGCAUACAUCCUGGGAAUAUUGCAAUUAUUCUCUCCACUAUUUUAGGGAAAUCUACUGGUUUUUCUGCAGAAAAAGAAGAGAGACCAGGAGUCCUGUUGUCUAAGCCUAAGACAGGAUGAGGUUUACCUAGUAACUGAUGAUGCUAGGCCAAGGCAGUUAGCGAUUUGUCUCUACAUCUGUCCCCGCCUACCUUGCCAAUCUGUCCCUCUUUGGGACACUGGGGACUCCUGGGAGCUGGAGGGAACCGGUUUAAUGUCUAGGGGCUGAGUAUCCCCAAAUCGCUUAUCUGGGGGGAUCAAGGGACCCGGGCAAUAUAGUAUUCUUUUUAGUGUCUGGAGAUCAUCUACCUAGACUGGAGCUUCUGGGACAGGCGAGGACCCACGGACUCUGGAAGAGCUGGUCCAGGGGACUGAACUCCCAGCGUCUCUGUAGAACAGAGCAUGAUCACAUUCCUGCCACUGCUGCUGGGGCUCAGCCUGGGCUGCACAGGAGCAGGUGGCUUCGUGGCCCAUGUGGAAAGCACUUGUCUGUUGGAUGAUGAUGGGACGCCAAAGGAUUUCACAUACUGCAUCUCCUUCAACAAGGAUCUGCUGACCUGCUGGGAUCCAGAGGAGAAUAAGAUGGCCCCUUGCGAAUUUGGGGUGCUGAAUCAGUUGGCCAAUGGCUUAUCAGAUUACCUCAACAAACAAGACACCCUGAUGCAGCGCUUGCGCAAUGGGCUUCAGGACUGUGCCACACACACCCAGCCCUUCUGGGGAUCACUGACCCACAGGACACGGCCACCAUCUGUGCAAGUAGCCCGAACCACUCCUUUUAACACGAGGGAGCCUGUGAUGCUGGCCUGCUACGUGUGGGGCUUUUAUCCAGCAGAUGUGAUCAUCACGUGGAGGAAGAACGGGAAGCCUGUCAUUCCUCAUAGCAGUGCCCAGAAGACUGCCCAGCCCAAUGGAGACUGGACAUACCAGACCCUCUCUCAUUUAGCCUUAACCCCCUCUUACGGGGACAUCUACACCUGUGUGGUGGAGCACAUUGGGGCUCCUGAGCCCAUCCUUCAGGACUGGACACCUGGGCUGUCCCCCAUGCAGACAGUGAAGGUUUCUGUGUCUGCAGUGACGUUGGGCCUGGGCCUCAUCAUCUUCUCUCUUGGUUUGAUCAGCUGGCGGAGGGCUGGCUCCUCUAGCUACAUUCCUCUUCCUGGGUCCAAUUAUCCGGAAGCACGGCACAUUUCCUAGAGGCAGAAUCCUACAUCUUCCACUCUGAGUGAGAAGGAGAUUCAAACUCCAUGAUGCUACCAUUCCUCUCCAACGUCUUCAACUCCCUGACAUUACCUUGGAUCCUCUGGUUUCUCCAUCGAAUUCUUUGACUUUCCCAGUCUUUGUUAUGUAAACCUUAACAAUUUAGGGGACCUCAUUCCUGGGACUAUUCUGUAACCAAAUUAUUACCCAAGGCUAUGUUUCUGGGAUGAAUACAAUGUGAGGAAGGAAGUUAAAGACCCUCCUGGGGGCCUCAGUGUGCCACAGAGGACGGACAGUCACUGGUGACUGUUUCUGAGAAAUAAACUUUGGUGGAAAUACUGUU